AUGGCCUGUUCUGCAUCUCCGAAAAUUCUUGAAGCUUCAGAAAUUGGGCUUACAAAAAUGGAAAUCUACAUAAAAUUGGAAAAAAUUUGGAAAGGGAAGGGUACUUAUGCAACAGUUUCUAAAGGAAGAAGUAAGCUGACAGAGAAUUUAGUGGCAUUAAAAGGGAUGUGUUUGGAACACAGAGAAGCCACACCCAGGACAGUUAUAAGAGAAGUUUCACUCUUAAAGAAUUUAAAACAUGCAAACAUAGUAACCUUACAUGACAUUGUUCACAGAGAUAAAUUCUUGACUCUGGUCCUCAAUUAUGUGCUUAAGUACCUAAAACAGUACACAAAUGACUGUGAGAACAUCAUGAGUAUGCACAAUGUAAAGGAAUGUUUAUUGUGUAAUUUGUUUACAUACCAAAUUUUACAUAGGUUAGCUUAUUGCCACAGAAGAAUGGUGUUGCAUCGAGACUUGAAACCACAGAACCAUCUCAUUAGUGAAAAAGGUGAUUUAAAGCUAGCAGAUUUUGGUAUGGAAUGA